UGCAACUUUGGUUAGUGUGAAAUAUGCAAAUUAAAAAAGUGGAAAAAAACAAAAUCUGGAGAACUGAAUAGAGGGAUUGAAUGUAGUCAGUAGUCACCACUCUGGAUUUGGAGUCAAGAACCCAAAAACCUUCAAUCUUCUUCCAGAAAUUGAAGCAAUCCGCAAUCCAAUUGAAUUAAACAAUGCCCGUUUUCAAAACCCCUUUCAACGGUUACUCCGUCAAGUUCAGCCCAUUUUACGAGAAUCGCCUCGCCGUCGCCACCGCCCAGAACUUCGGAAUCCUCGGCAACGGCCGUCUCCACGUCCUCGACCUCUCCCCUGACCCCACCAUCCCCAUCUCCGAGCUCGUCGCUUACGACACCGCUGACGGCAUCUACGACCUCGCCUGGUCUGAAUCCCACGAAUCCCUCAUCGUCGCCGCCAUCGCCGACGGCUCCGUCAAGCUCUACGACCUCGCUCUCCCCCCCACCGCCAACCCCAUCCGCUCCCUCCAGGAACAUACCCGCGAGGUUCACUCCGCCGAUUACAACCCCGUCCGCCGUGACUCCUUCAUCUCUGCUUCCUGGGAUGACACCGUCAAGCUCUGGACUCUCGACCGCCCCACCUCUGUCAGAACCUUCAAGGAGCAUGCCUACUGCGUCUACUCCGCCGUCUGGAACCCCCGCCACGCCGAUGUAUUCGCAUCCGCGUCCGGCGACUGCACACUCCGCAUCUGGGACGUUCGUGAACCCGGCUCCACCAUGAUCCUCCCUGCUCAUGAAUUCGAGAUUCUCGCUUGUGAUUGGAACAAGUAUGAUGACUGUAUCAUUGCCACUGCGUCUGUGGAUAAGUCCAUCAAGGUGUGGGAUGUGAGGAGUUUCAGGGUUCCUAUUGCUGUGCUUAAUGGGCAUGGCUAUGCUGUGAGGAAGGUUAGAUUCUCGCCGCAUGUGCGGAAUUUGAUGGUGUCUUGCUCUUAUGAUAUGACUGUUUGUGCUUGGGAUUUCAUGGUGGAGGAUGCACUUGUGAGUAGGUAUGAUCAUCACACUGAGUUUGCUGUUGGGUUGGAUAUGAGUGUGCUUGUUGAGGGUCUCAUGGCUAGUACUGGGUGGGAUGAGCUUGUUUAUGUGUGGCAGCAUGGAACUGAUCCUAGAGCAGCUUGAAGGGGAAGGUAGCUUUUCUGUUUUGUUUGUUCCCUUUGCUUUUUAUAUGAGGUGCAAAUGCAAAAGUGAUAUGAUUCAGUAUGGAGGAGGAAAGGGUGGAUACACUUCCAUUACACUUGUUCUCUCUUGUAUAUUCAAAUUGAUAAACAUGAUAUUUACAUGAAUUAUGAUGCUUCAGCUUGAUUUCUCCCUUGAUGAAUGUAUGUUGGGUUGGAUCUGCUACUUGCUUUCUGUGGAAGAAAGAGUUAUGCUUGCUACAUUGUUUGUCUCUAUUGAGUUAAUAAAUUCUGAUGAUAUCACUUUCAA